GGUCCGAGUGUUUGUUCACAAUCCAGGCAAAUGUCACCAGCUUCUGCUUCGCGAGGGCCCGCCGUGUUGGUUAGCUUCCUUCACGGGACACCAAAACUUGCCGAAUUACAGCAUGCUGUGUCGACAUUGGAAACCAAACUGGCUGAACAAGCCAAAGAAGUAGCUCUGCUGCGUCACAGAGCAGCGGACACAGAUGCUACAGCUGCUGCAGCCACGGCCGAAAUAGUGGCUAUGGACUGCAAAGCCCCUGGUUUGACAGAACAAGCCCAGCACCUAAAGACACGUUUGGAAGCUGCCACUGAGGCUCUGGUCGCUGAAAAAGCUACGUACAGCAAAGAAAAAAAGGAGUUCGCGCAUUUACGUCUGUCUCUUGAAGCGUGUGUUAAUGAUCUGCAAAACCGGAUACAUGAGCUGCCGGAACAAAGGCAUCUUGACGACCAACAAAAAGUACUGGAUAGUCAACUGCACCUUCUCAACGCGCUCAACCAAGAGAGAGAUGACCUUACAAAGAGAGCAGCGACGUUGCACAAAACUGCAACAACUGUCAAAAGGGAGAAGCACCAGCUUCAGCUCGAACUCCGCUCACUCCAUCAGAGGCAUGACGCUGCUUCAAGAACAGAGCAGCACCGGCGCCAAGCGCAAACUCUCCGCGAAAGAAAUGAAACCCUACGGCAGGAGAUAAAGGCGCUGGAGAUGGAAUUGGGCCCUCUGCAGGCAGCCGCGGCUCAACCGCAUAAGCCCAUCCGUUCUCUGACACACCCUAAAAUCUCUUUUUGCACCCCAGCAGAUUCGCCCGGGAAAAUUCUCUGCCACGCUCACCGCCCAUUUGAGUGUCAGACAGAAAGCCAGAGGGUCACCAGCGCUGCGCCGAACCCGGAAAUUCACCCAUCCUUCAACCUGCCUCCGUUUACGUUUCCGUGUCCACCACAUGAGGUACGAUUCUGGCGACGUUCCCCUGUUCCCCAACACGCUUCAAAUUCGGCCCCGCCGCCGAUACCGACAAAUGCAACGCCACUUGGGAUCUACACUGGGAUUUGUAGGCCCGGAGAGAGUCACUCUGACAUCCGCCCUUCGGCCUGCACGACUAGUACCCCCUGUGAAACCAAAAAUGCCACUGCGACAGCUGCGCCCCACCACGUGCACUGGCCGGAACAAAACGAAGUCGACGAUCUCGAUUUCAGCGAAUUCGACAAAGAUACGGCCCCCACGGAAGCCUUCAGAGCUUUUGAGCAGUAUCGCUUCAGUGCCGAAGAGCAUCCCAAGCAGCGUCCGUUCCUUUCAAGACAAGCUCGGAAGCGGGAGGUGCAGCAACAACGAAAGCGGGCACGAACUGCGGCAAGUGGCAAAGGACAGGCGGCGACAAAACGCCACCAGUCCGUGACGGUGUCACAGAAACAGUCACUGUCUAGUAGAUGUUCAGUGCCAGAGGGGCAAGCAAGAAUAACCAGUUUCAUGUUUCCGAAAAACAAUACCUAGUGACGGGACACUGUUCCCCUACUGUUACUGUGACACAACAGGGAACAGAGGGAGAAAAUGAUCCGCUGCUUGGCCAUCUCCCGCAGAGCUGGUAAACAGAAUAUGAAGGGGUUCUUCCGCAACGUUUUCUGGAAACCCCAAACAAGCAACCACCUUUAAUUUAAUUGGGUUCUGUCCGCUGUCGGAAGGACUAUCGGUCGCGGGAGGACGACUAAGACGGUGGGGGUGGGUGUCAAAAGCGGAGCCGCUUUGAGAGUCUCCGCUCUGCAUACUCGGACUGUGCUUCUCAUAGACAACGAUAACUCGUCGGAGUGCAUGGCUCAUAGCAACGAUCUCCGGGCCUCCACCCCAAGUGCCCGGCAGGCGC